AUGCGACGCCACAGGUCUUGCAGUAAAGAAAGAAGAAUAAGUAUAUCCCCUAGUAGGAGGUCUGAUUCACCUUUUCGUAGUCUAAACACUAGGGCGACCGACGUCGGCAGUAGCAAUAGGCAGGCGAAGAUGGUUUCAGUUCCGGCAACUAACAAGAGCAACAAUGGUGGUGCCGAACAACCAAAUACCAGUACAAUGAAGAGGAUUCACGUGAAGCGAAAUGUAUCUCCGCCGAGGACACACCUUCAGGUUUUCACCGACAACCCAAGCCAAUAG